AAUAUCAAAACAAAAACUAAGAAGUCUUCUUUUUGAUAUAUAUUUAUUUUUUAUUAUUUAUCUACGUUUUAUACACGGUUAGUCAGUCGUGGUUUAAUAAAAUUUAUUUUAAAUAUUUUAGAAACUAAUUAAUCAGAAUGAAUGCGCCACCGACCUUUGAAUCAUUUUUAUUGUAUGAUGGAGAAAAGAAGAUUAUUCGAGAACAAGAUACAAAAGUACCCAAUGCUGCUAUAUUUACUAUUAACAAAGAAGAUCACACGCUUGGUAAUAUGAUAAGGAACCAACUUUUGAAAGAUCCCAAUGUAUUAUUUGCUGGUUAUAAAUUACCACAUCCACUAGAACAUAAAUUCGUAUUAAGGAUACAAACAACUUCUGAAUAUUCACCGCAAGAGGCUUUGAUGCACGCUAUUACAGACUUAAUUUCUGAAUUGUCUUUAUUUGAGGAACGAUUUAAGGAAGCCAUUAAAGAAAAGAAAGAAGGAUUGGACUAAGUGUUAGUAACUUAGUUAAUUUGUUAUUAAUCAAAAAAAGUUUUUGUUUCAAUUUGCAAUAUACAGUCUCUAUUUGAUAUAUUUUUAAAUGAAAUUGUAUAUUCAGAUAAUUGCACUUUACUUGAGUGAAAUGUAAUUAUUGUGACAACUGUUUCAAGUAAAUGAUGUCAUUCUCAGAAUUACACAAGUUUUUUUUCAC